CGCAGAUCGCAGCUGUGUUCUGUUUUCUCAUGCACGCGCACCGUGUCGCGCGGCGUGUACGUGAUAGCGACACGACACCACCGGCACGCUACAUACGAGACGUUCUCGCGUGUGACGUGGGGGAGAAACGUGCGCUGCACGACCAGUGACAGACAAAAUGGCGGAGUACAGUGAUAGUAGAGCGGUGCAUAUCCCGCGGACUGCGUCAACGUGUACCGCAACGGGGGUUAGGAACAAUAACGAGAACCGCAGUCCGACGACAGCUGGUCGCGGCAUGGAACGACCGAUGACAGCGACGACGAAACGUCGCGGUCACCAGCAUCAUCCGCGACACACCACGCGACGACGUCUCGACGCUUCCAGCAGAGGACCCGCGCAGUGUGGCCCUGCUGGUAACGCCGAGGACAUCACCACGUCCGUCGGCGGUACCGAAACGUCGAUCGCCAGCACGAUUGACAGCCGUCUCAGCGUGGCGAAUCCGUGCUCGCCCGUGCCGUGCACGCUCGGCACAAGGUGGCCAAUGAGAAUUAAUCGGGAAGAGAACGAAACCACCGAGAAUCGAAAAGAAACGGAGAACUCAAGAACAACUCACGAUGUGAUCGGGAACGAACGCACGAAUAACAACGUCUGUAAAGAAGACGACGUCCGACAGAGGCUCGCGCAGUGUAGCCCGGACUUUCCCGCGUCUCCCGACGAGAGCAAAGACAUCGAGCACGAUGAAACGAGCACGGAUUCAACGACGAGCAAAAAGAAGAAGAAGAAAAAAUCCAAUGUCAGUCCACGUGGGGGACACUCUCCCGAGAUCAGUUCGGCGAAGAGUGACUCUCCCGAGCCUGAGCACGCGGUCGCGAGGGCUCGGGGUGAUGGCAAUUCCGACGACGAGUCGGCCAACGUCGAAGAGGAUUCGGAAUUGGCCGAGCUGGCUAAACUACGUUGUCCGAGCGAGCGAACGGAGGUCCAGGCCGAGCGGGAGGCUCGAAGGCGAAAGAGAUGCGCUGAUUAUCCCGGCCUCGCCUUCGGUUGCUCCAUAUUCUCCAGCGACACGAUGAUGAAGUUCAGUCUGAUUAAGAACGAAUUGCAGAAUAUCAUGGGCAAUCAGCUGAAGCGGGCUGAGUCUGAAGUCGCCGCCCUGAAUCGUCGUAUUCAGUUGUUGGAGGAAGAUCUCGAGAGAUCCGAAGAGCGUCUUGCCACUGCCACUGCCAAAUUGGCAGAGGCAUCGCAAGCUGCCGAUGAAAGCGAACGCGCUCGCAAGAUUCUCGAGAAUCGCAGCUUGGCGGACGAAGAGCGCAUGGACGCCCUCGAGAAUCAGCUGAAGGAAGCCAGGUUCCUCGCCGAAGAAGCCGACAAGAAAUACGAUGAGGUCGCCCGUAAAUUGGCCAUGGUUGAGGCCGAUCUAGAACGCGCCGAGGAGCGUGCCGAGGCCGGAGAGUCCAAGAUCGUCGAGCUUGAAGAAGAGUUGCGUGUCGUCGGCAACAACUUGAAGUCUCUCGAAGUCUCCGAGGAGAAGGCGACGCAGAGAGAGGAGACGUUCGAGGGUCAAGUGAAGAUACUGGAUAGUCAAUUGAAAGAGGCUGAGGCACGUGCUGAGUUCGCAGAAAGAUCCGUGCAGAAACUCCAGAAGGAAGUAGACAGGCUCGAAGACGUGCUGGUAAGCGAGCGCUGUAAGUACAAAGCGAUCGCCGAAGAGAUGGAUCAGACGUUCGCCGACCUCGCCGGAUAUUAGCAGGCAGGCUAAAUGUAUGCGACGGGAGUGUUACAUGCGAAAGAAAGAGAGAAAAAAAAACAGAUUGUUCACGCUACGAUAAAAUGACACUGCCAGCACGCGGACCCUUCGCCACACGUCGUCCAAGUAUAUUAGCAUUCCACGCGCUGAGAAAAUCGAAGAUGAGAAGGAUAAUCUCUGACAUUUAGCGUUAGCCAUAGCAACGCGUGACGGCCAUAGAAAUUACUUUUUCAAUCGUAGUGUUUUGCCAAAAGUAUUACCGCGCGAUUUAUAACAUUCCCUCGGUAGCAUUUUAUAUAAGAACUUUACAUAAGAUUUUUCUUUUAUCUCGGAAAAAAACGUUUUUUUUUUAACAGUGAUAAGCGUGUAUAUUUGCGCAUCCAAAGACUGGUCAACGAUUAAUCUGUUUUCUUCCGUUAGCUGCCGCGCAAAAUGUUCAAUGCCUACGGCGACUUACUGAAUAUCAAUUUUGCCUAUCUCUGCACAGCGAUCUUAUCUUUUAUAUCCAGUAAUCUUCAUUAUUUGUCCAUUUUGCGUACAACUAAUAUGAUAUCGAGAAAUCUUAAGAAAAUACAUUUUUUUUUUCACUUUGCUUAGCGCUACAAUUUUUACUGAAAAUUGUCGAAAAUUUGCGAUUAACAAACUACAGUACAACAUAUACAUUCCAGAAAUGAUACGAAUGCUACGUCUUAUUCUUACUCCUUUUUCUAAAAAAAAACUCUAUCUUCUAUGGCCUUAAAUGUCACAUUCAUGUUCAUCGUCAUGCGACAAAUGUGUUCAAGACACGUCUCUCUAUAUAUAGAUAUAUAUAUAUAUAAGCAGGAAACCAAAAGAAUUUCCUUUCGAUAAUAAUAUCAAUUUAAUAUCUAUAUUCGAUUGUAAAGACUCGGUAUAAAUAUGUACGAAUUGCGAGAAUUUAAAAAUAAAUUUUAAUGCUAAGAAAUGAUUUUAGAGCCAGACAAGCAUUUCCUGCUUAUAGCAUCCAUUUUGUUUUCAGAGAUGAUAAUAUUCAUCGUUAAACAUACGAUUCUUUACAUGUCCUUCACCAUACAAGUAGAUAGCAUGGUCCAGUGGUGCGCUUGAGUUCCGUUAAAUUGUAUUAAGGAACAUUACAUAUUAUCCAUAUUUUCAAGUCACGCUUCUAUGUUGCAUCAUACUGUAAUAUCAUUAUAUGUUGUGUCAAAGUACUGAUGAAAUACUAAUUUACUCGCUAAAGCAAAAUAUUUCAUUCUAAUAAUACAAGAUAUAUUAUAUAAGUGUUCAUUACAAGCAUGUAUAAAUAAUGCUUUUACAAUAUAAAAAAGUUUGAAAAGCAAUCUGGGCUGAAUCAUGAUACGAGAAAUAUGUCUGACAGAAAAACAGAAUAUACUAUUACAAAUAAAAAUACGCUCAAAAACGAUAGAAUGAGGAAGUCGAUCAAGUUCGAUACAUCACGACUCUCGGCAACGUAAUUUUAAUGCUGAACACAUUUUGUACUUUAGUCUUUAAUCUUUCGCAUAUUGAGUCAAUAGUUUAAUGUAAUCGUGCAAGAGUUGCCGGGAUUGACGAUCAAUCUUGGACCAAGCUCAGAAACUUUCAAACACGCACUCGAUGCAGCGAUUUUUGACUCUAUCUUGUGUGAUAAUUAUCAUUUUAUUUGUAUUUAUAUUACUUUCAAUAAAUAUAUAUGCAUAUUUUAUAUCUCUAAAUAUUGAAUGUGUUUAAGUGUUUCAUUCUCAGAUCGAAUUCUAAGGAAAAAGGAAUUUGAUCGAUGACAGAAAAGGAAGGAUUUCACAUUUCGAGAUGGAGUACGCUUGUCAAUAACAUGAGACAACUGCAGGUUUACAUAACAUAUAUAUUCAUUAUUUUUUUAUAUGAUUCAAUACGAUAAUAUAAUAUUAUCUGUUUCUAAACACACAACGCUAACAUAUACUUCUGUAUGUUGUAGUUAAAAUUUAAAAUCUUCAUCUCUCUUUUCAGCAAUCUAAUAUAAUUACAAAAGUGCUGAGUAACACGUUUCCAAAAAUAUCGUUUCUCUUGCUUAUAAUAGAUGGGACGACGUCAUGUGUGGUUCGCAAAACAACAAGUUACUUAUAAUUUUUUUUUUAUACAUUUUGUUAAUUUGCCCAUUUCCACCGGACGUCGUUCCACAGUAUAAUACACCUAUUCAGGUAAAUGUAGA